AUGAGCAACUUAGUUAAAAUUUAUGAUUGCUCCAUGAUGUCUGAAGUAGCAUAAGUAGGUUUGAAUUAUGAGGUAAGUUAUGCAAAUAUAUUGGUUGAUAGUCUUUAUAAAAGAAUAUUUGUACAAAACAAAUUACCAGGAACUUUAGUUUACGAUUUUAUGCUAAAUGCUGAUACAGUAAGUUAUAUAAAUUCUUUCUCAGCUUAACUAUAUUUUGAUGAUUAUUUCAUUUAUUCAGUUGUUUCCCACUCAGCCAAUAUUUAUUUCAGAAAAGACCUAAAACUUUUGUUCAAUUUUAGACAUUUUAAUUCAACUUUUUAUUUAAAGAAAAUAACCUAUUUAAAUGUUGGUUACUACUUUUUAGUAGAAUUUAUUAAUAAACUUUCUAUUUUUGAAUUUUCUCCCUUUGUCUCUCUUCCAACUGAAAAGGCUUUUCUAUUAAUAAAUUAAUUUUCUAUAGCAAAGUAUUCAUUUAUAAAGUAAAAUGAAUUUGGUAUAAAUAGUAAUAUUUACGAAUUUGAAGCUAUAAUAUUUUAGUUGGAAGGAAUAAUUACUUAUACCAUUUAAUUCGAUAUAUACAGUCUAUCUUAAUCUUAAUCCUGCUCUUUAAAUUAUGAAUAAUAGCAAUUUAAUUAUUAAGAUGACAUUUAUUUUUGGUAAUAGAGCUUAUAUUUAGCUAGUUAAUAAAAAAAUAUCAAUAGUUUAACAAUAAAUAUUCCUAAGGAUUAGAAUAUAUACAUUCCUUAACUUUAAUAGAACAUUUUAUAUUCUGAAUUCUAACUUAUUAUUCAAGGUUAAAAUUUAAAUAAUACAAUUUAUAUACAAGACAAAUUUAAUUAAUAGUAAGGUAUUUAUGCUAUUUGGCUUUAAAAUUUAGUAAUACAAGUUUCAAAUUAAAAUUACAAAUUAUAUUUAGAAAAUGGUACCAACCCAAAUAGUUUAAAUUUUGAUGAUCUAACAUUUCCAGAUUUAAAAUAGAUUUAUCUUGAAAAUAUUACUAUCAAUGAAUCUAUUGUUUAGAUUAAGAACAUAUAAUAAGUAGUAAUUUAAUAAAUCAAUCUAACGCAUUUUGUAAAUUAAAAGGUUCCAACUCUUACUUAGCUUGAAAUUUCUAACAUAAGUAAAGUUAUAAUUAGUGAAAUCAAUAUUAUGAAAUUUUCUACAAAUUAGUAACAUUAACAUAUAUGA